AUGCCCGGGUGGAAGUGGAUGGUAUAUGAUCAUGGUGAUGGGCACUUUGAAUCAAUAGCAGUGAAUACUUGUGGCGGGUUGGGUACUCAGAUUGUCAUGCAGGUCGAUUACAUAUUUGGGUUAUUUGCUCUGCUUCUCACAGCAAAGUUUGGUGGACAGCUUGCUGACUUAUGGAACAUGGCUGCAACUGGAAACACUGAUCAAGCACUGAGUUUCCUUGAUGAUAUGGGACGAAAAGGCCCUGAACCUAAUGAGACCACGUAUGCGAUAACCACGAAGGGAUUAUGCAGGGCGGGCAACACCAGAUCGGUGAUUGAAUUGCCAAGGGACUGGGAAGAGAGAAGGUGCCGGAUCAAAUUCUUCACAUACAAUAUAGUAAUUGAUAGCCUUUGCAAGGAGGGAUUCAUCACAGAGGCGUUGAGACUCCAUGAAAGCCAAUGGAAAGAUGCUAGUGUCUUGUUAGAGAAGAUGAUGAAGGCAGCAAUCAAACCCAACGCUGUUACUUAUACCUCUGUCAUUCAAGGAGUGUGCGAUUCCGGCCAAUUGAAAGAGGCCCAAAGGCUGCUGAGUCAUAUGGUGCAAAGCAGAACAAUGCCAAAUGUUCGAACCUUCACUAUCCUGGUGGAUGCACAUUGUAAAGAGGGAAUUUUUGAAGAGGCAGAGGCCAUGCAGCAGAUUGACAAGGCCAUGAUAUUACUUCGAAAGAUGGAAGAUUCCAAAUUUGUCCCAGACAUUGUGACUUACAAUAUCCUAAUACAUGGCAUGUGUAAUGCUGGAAAGCUCGACGAUGCAAAGGGGCUGUUUAAUUGUUUGCAUGCUCGAGGGUCUCAACCUGACGUGUGGACCUAUAAUAUUGUUAUGCGUGGAUGGUUCAAAGGAGGACACAUGGGGGAAGCACAUCAGCUGCUAAAAGAGAUGGAAGGAAAUGGAUGCUUUCCAAAUGGUGUCACUUAUAACACAAUCAUCCAGGGGCUUCUAAGAAAUAAUGAAAAUACGAGAGCAGCGCAACUUGUCAGGGAAAUGGUCGAAAGGGGUUUUGCUGCAAAUAUAAAGACGAUGGAGUUGUGGGAAAAAUAUAUCGUGACAAAUGGAACUUCUUCCUUUUCUAUUUGA